ACAUAGAAGCGCUGAUGGAUAUCGGUCUUUGUUCCUUUCUGGUAGUAUAUACACAUGAGAUUUGUUCGCGUUGCUUGAAAUCCCCAAAAUUGUUUGCACUUUAAACGAGAUAAAUAUACACUCGAGCACUGGAGAAAGAGAAAGCGAAGAUGUCGAGUGCAAAAAGUCAAGUAACGUGAACAGGCCCAUUGAACGAUGGAACCACGUGUCUCUCAUGUUGUAACCUAACCUAUUCCAAACUUUUGCGCGUAGGCGUGUAGUCUGUAGUACGCAUUUCAUACCGGCAAUGCAAAUCGUUUUUGCAAAUAAUUAGUUUAAUUUUUUGGAACAAACGUGGAAGAUGUUAACCAAGAAUUUGUCAGUUUUCUGUGAACGAAAUCAGAAAUAUAAACAGAGAUUCUUACUUUUUGAAGAAUUCAGUAAAAUUGAACCUGAUAAAAUUUUGGAAGUAUUAAGCGAAUUUUUGUUACAACCGGAAUGCACAAAAGAUGUUGCAGACUGUUUUCCAGAAUUAUUACCAGCACUUGUUUCUAUAGCGAUACCUGCAGAUGACAUACAAUCGUCAGAAUUAACAGAUAAAGAUGUUACUCAUCGAUUAAACUGUGUUAUAUUAGGAAAGCUGCUUGAUAUUAAUCAAGAUUUACUAGCAUUUGUUUUACACUACUUUGAUGUUAAUCCAGCUCCAUUUGAAUCUCUGGACAAUUCUGAUACAGUUACGCCUUCGAAGAGACAGAACAAAAGAAAAUUUUCCUAUAUCUCUGAAGUAUCUGAAUAUGAUAUUGUUGUUGCAUGUCAUAGUAUCUUACGGUCUGCUAUUAGCCAUUUUAAACAUAAAUGGAAUUGGUCAAAGUUUUAUAAGUAUUUGAUGAAUACAGAUGAUGGGGUAAAAUGGAUUGCCUUAAAAUGUAUAGCAAUAGUUUUAAACAUGUCUGAAUCGACGAGACUGUCAUGCACACAAACAUUUAUUCCAAAUUUUAGAAAAUUUUUAAUUGAUUACAAAGAUAAGGGCAUAGAUACUAGUAUUGUCUGUGCCAAUUUUGAGUCGGUGGAAGACAUAGUGAAAAAUAUCUCAUCUAUUGUAUCUGUCGGUGGCAUUUUAUUGCCCACUCUAGGCAAAAAUAGGAGCACUUGUAAUUUGGUUUUGGUUUCUUCUACAAGAAAAAAUUUACAGAGUCUGGCCAUAGCCAUUGGCUCCAGAAAAUGUAUCUGUCUGCAAGGUCCAGUUGGUUGCGGUAAGACGGCUCUUGUGGAGUAUCUAGCUGGAAUCACCGGACACGAUACGUCAAACUUUGUUAAAGUACAACUGGGCGAUCAGACAGACUCAAAAAUGCUGCUGGGAAUGUACAGGUGUACUGACGUGCCCGGUGAAUUUGUCUGGCAGCCAGGUGUUCUCACGCAGGCGGUUAUCGCUGGCAAAUGGCUGCUCCUGGAAGACGUGGACAGCGCCGCCCUCGAUGUAGCCAGCGUCUUGAGCAAUCUAAUGGAAACCGGGACGCUCUGCGUACCUGGCUAUCGUGAUACCAUCUACGCCAACAGUGGAUUUCAGCUGUUUGUUACCCAGCGACUGACAAUGUCUACUACGGGCAUUCAAAGACACGUUACGGGAUCCUCGAGUCUGUUGCAGAAACACUGGUUAUGCCUAAACGUGGAGCCUCUGUCUAAGGACGAAUUAGUGAUCGUAGUCCAAACAGCCUUUCCAAUAUUGAGCACAAUUGCAACUAGAAUAGUAGAUGUGUUCCUGUUGUUCUCUGUUGGAGAUCAUGAUUGUGAAAGUAACACGAGUGAUGUUAUACUACUGAAGAUUGGACGACAGACAUCGACGCGAGAUUUAAUAAAAUGGUGCUCUAGAGCUAUCGUCGAUUUCGAUGUAUCAUCGCCGGAUUCCGCAUUGAAGAUAUUUCAGGAUGCUCUAGAUGUCUUUUGCUGUUCAGUGCCUAACCAAGAGCAACGAUUAAAUUUGGCGAUGGCGGUAGCUCAUAAACUUGGUAUUAUAAAAACAAAGGCGGAAUACUUUUGCAACAUGCACAAACCGUCCAUAGCCCUACUUUCCGAGCUUCUGAUAGCGGGCAGAGCGAAAUUGGUUCGUAAGAAAGCGCAAUACGCGAGAUUAGAUGUAGACAAGAUUAAUUUUUCUUUCACAAGACCAUCCGCGUGUCUAUUGGAGCGUAUAGCUAGCUGCGUUAUGCAAAAGGAGCCUGUGCUGUUGGUUGGCGAGACCGGUACUGGAAAAACGAGUUCGAUACAGUACCUAGCGCGAAGCACCGGUCACAAAUUAAUAAUCAUAAAUAUGAAUCAGCAGAGCGAAAGCGCAGAUCUAUUAGGGGGGUACAAACCGGUAGAUCUCAAGUUCCUGAUUACGCCUAUUCGAGAGGAGUUUGAGAUCCUCUUUUGCUCUUACUUUGUAGUUGAGUCAAACAGAAAGUUUCUCAAACACAUCGCUCUGUGUCACAAGCAGCAGAAGUGGAAGAAUCUCGUCACUUUGAUGAGCCACAGUGCACGCGCCGCUGUGAAGAGAUUGAAAGAUAAAUAUGAUAAAUACCUCGAGGAUAAUGCAUUUGAGAAAAACGUUUCGAGACAUUCCAAACAAGAAAAAAAUUCUCAAGAUAAAUCCGAUCAGGGUGAUAUACAGACUGAUAUAGAUAUGCUGAGAAAGUGGGAAAAGAUGCUGGAGAAACUGGACAAGCUGGGAACUCAAGUGAAGAGUCAGUAUGCAUUGGCAUUCUCUUUUAUAGAAGGCAGUUUGGUCAGAGCUUUGCGAAACGGUCAUUGGGUUCUUCUAGACGAGAUCAAUCUGGCAAACGCAGAGACUCUGGAAUGUCUCUCUGGUUUAUUGGAAGGCUCUUCGGAGUCUUUGCCGCUACUGGAGCGCGGUGAUGGAGAACCCGUGAAGAGGCAUCCUGACUUCACAGUAUUCGCUUGUAUGAAUCCGGCAACAGACGUAGGCAAGAGAGAUUUACCAGUUGGUUUAAGAAACAGAUUUACUGAGUUUUACAUCGACGAGUUGACUGAGCGAUCGGAUCUUCAAUUGCUAGUGAGUUCCUAUCUGGCGGAAUUAAAUCUGCCGCUGGAAAAACACGAGACGAUCGUCAAGUUUUAUCUGAAUGUGAGGAAGGAGGCUACCAGCACGUUGUUCGACGGCACAGCACAUAAGCCGCAUUAUAGUUUGAGAACGCUGUGUCGCGCGUUGUACAUCUCCGCGUCAAAUCCUUGCGGCAAUGUUUUAAGAUCUCUAUAUGAAGCUUUUUCUCUGAGCUUCCUGACGCAGCUGGAUUAUGACUCAUAUCCGAUUGUACAGAGAAUGAUCGCGAAAGCUAUCCUCGAUAACAAGAGUGUUAAAGCAGUUCUUGGCACUCCUAUACCAAAACCAAGAUGCAGUCCAGAAGAAGAAUACGUGUACAUCGAAGGAUAUUGGGUUUUGCAAGGCAGUCUAACGCCCGAAACACCUAACAAUUACAUAUUGACUGAUUCCGUUAGAAGAAAUUUGAGAGAUUUAGUGAGAGUUGUGUCGAUUGGAAAAAUUCCAGUUUUGCUUCAAGGCGACACAUCCGUGGGCAAGACCAGUUUGAUCACCUAUCUAGCGAAGAUUACGGGACACGUUUGUGUCCGUAUAAACAAUCACGAGCAUACGGACUUACAGGAGUAUGUCGGAAGUUACAUCGCGGAUGAGACCGGCAAGCUGAUAUUCAAGGAAGGUAUCCUAGUUGACGCAAUGCGCAAAGGACAUUGGAUUAUUUUGGAUGAAUUAAAUUUAGCUCCAAGUGAUGUUCUGGAAGCUCUUAAUCGAGUGCUCGACGACAACAGAGAACUGUUUAUACCCGAGACGCAACAGGUGGUAAAGGCGCACGAGCAUUUUAUGCUAUUUGCAACACAAAAUCCACCUGGACUCUACGGCGGUCGAAAAGUUUUGUCGCGAGCGUUUAGGAACCGAUUUGUAGAAUUGCACUUUGACGAGAUACCACCAAACGAGUUACAGAUAAUACUCAAUCAGAGAUGUAGUAUGCCAGAGUCUUACUGCAAACAGGUAAUUAACGUAAUGACGGAUCUCCAGAUAAGGCGUAAAAGCACGGCGGCUUUCGCCGGUAAAAAAGGAUUCAUAACUCUACGAGAUCUGUUUCGUUGGGGUGAGAGAUAUAGAUUGGCGCCCGACGUAGGCGGCAAACUGUACGAUUGGAGUCAACAUCUGGCUGACGAGGGCUACCUUGUUCUCGCCGCUAAGGUCCGCAAAGCUGAAGAAGCAGACGAAAUAAGACAAGUAAUAAAAAAACAUUUAAGACGGGACGUGGAUCCUGACAGCUUGUUCACGCUGAAUGACAAAACUUCACCAGUGACGAGACAUAUAUUGGAGGAGAUUUUAAACAAUAAUAUCUCUGGCUUUGGCCAUAUUGUCUGGACCUAUCACAUGCGUCGAAUGGCAGUUCUGGUGAAGAAAUCCUGCCAGUUCAAGGAACCAGUGUUGCUGAUUGGAGAAACUGGCGGAGGCAAGACCACAGUCUGCCAGUUAAUUGCGGCUAUUAACGGUCAAGCUAUGCGUGGUGUGAAUUGCCACAUGCAUACUGAAUCAUCCGAUUUUCUGGGAAAUCUGCGCCCCGUUCGAGAGCAUGUUGAAAACGAUCAGAGGCUCUUUGAGUGGGUGGAUGGUCCUCUAAUAAAUGCCAUGCGUAACGGUGAUUUGUUCUUAGCUGACGAAAUUUCGUUGGCCGAUGAUAGCGUUCUGGAGCGAUUAAAUUCACUUUUAGAACCAGAGCGUAAUCUUCUAUUAGCUGAGAGGGGAAUAGAGUCUUCGCACGGUGAAGAGAACACCGUGAUCGUGGCGGACGAGAAAUUUGUAUUCGUCGGCACGAUGAAUCCCGGUGGUGAUUACGGUAAAAAGGAACUCUCACCAGCCUUACGAAAUCGCUUCACCGAAGUGUGGUGUGAAGGUUGUAUGGCCAGAAACGAUCUGUACGAUAUAAUAGUACAUAAUCUUUACAUUGAUUCUCAAACAAUGAGAGAAUCCAUCGCCACCGCAAUAUUGAGAUUCAUUGAAUGGUUGCAAACCACCGAAGUAGGUAAGAAACUCACUGUGAGCAUACGAGAUGUGCUUACUUGGGUCGAUUUUAUAAAUGUGUCCACUGGCGAUACUCUAUUAUCGAAACUGACGAUUGGAGAAGCAUAUUAUCAUGGUGCAUGUCUCACAUACAUCGAUAGUCUUGGAUCUGGUUCAACAGGUUCAGAGAGUGUCAGUAAAUUGAAAGAUUUUACAAAGGCUGCUUUUCGAUUUAUUAAGUCAGAGGUUGAAAAUACAAUAAAAUCUGAACUUGACAUGGAAACUGCUGUAGUGCAUAAAAACGUCGUUGUAAAUGCUGUAGACGUAUUCGGAAUGUUACCAUUUUAUAUUAAAAAAGGUUCGUGUACUAUUUGCGAAGAUUAUGCAUUUACAUUUACAACUCCCACUACGAAACUGAAUACGUUAAAGCUGCUAAGAGCAUUGCAGUUAAAUAAACCAAUUCUUUUGGAAGGAAGUCCGGGUGUAGGAAAAACUAGUUUAGUUUCUGCACUCGCGAAAGCCGCAGGACAUACGUUGCUUAGAAUAAAUUUGAGCGACCAAACGGAUGUGUCCGAUUUGUUUGGUGCUGAUCUUCCCGUAGAAGGCGGAAAAGGCGGUGAAUUUGCAUGGCGAGAUGGACCAUUUUUGCGAGCUUUGCGUGCCGGAUAUUGGAUACUGCUCGACGAAUUAAACCUAGCAACGCAGUCAGUCCUGGAAGGCCUUAACGCGUGCUUUGAUCAUAGGGGAGAGAUAUACAUCCCCGAACUAGGAAAGACGUUUUCGGUUAAACCUGGUACAAGAUUGUUUGGUUGUCAGAAUCCUUUACGACAAGGUGGGGCCAGACGAGGCUUACCGAGAUCUUUUUUAAAUAGAUUUACUCAGGUUUCUAUAGAUGCAUUAAUAGAAGAAGAUUUGAAAUUCAUACUCAGUGUGCAAUUUCCACAACUUCCUACAGAAUUAAUCAGUAACAUGGUGCAAUUCAAUAGCAAAUUAGCGUCAGAAGCUGGCAUCAUAUGGGGGCAUGCCGGGUCUCCAUGGGAAAUGAAUCUACGAGAUAUUACUCGAUGGUGCGAAACAACUAUUAAAGCUGCUUCUGACGAAUUCUGCGUCAAUAAACAGUUUAAUCCUAGUGAUAGCAUGGAACUUAUUUAUGUUAACAGAAUGCGGACUAAUGAAGAUAGACAAAAGGUCUAUCAGAUAUAUCAAGAAAUUUUUUUGCUUGAGAAAUAUCCUCUUUCACCCAACCAAUUGCCCAUGUACAUUACGGCAGAUCAACUUUUUAUCGGUGACACAAUGUUAAAUCGAAAAAACCUCAAUGAACCACAGGACUUUAAUUUGUUAGUGCUCAGAGAACAAAAAAAGAUAUUAAAAAGUCUCAUGAAAUGCGUCAAGAUGAAUUGGAUGUCAAUACUUGUUGGUGCUUCAGGCUGCGGGAAAAGCAGUGUGGUUCGUUUACUUGCCGCUUUGACAGGCCAGAAGUUGAGAUCGAUUGCCAUGAAUUCUGCGAUGGAUACGACAGAGAUAUUAGGUGGCUUCGAACAGACGGACUAUAAUCGACAUCUUGAGCAACUAUUUGAGCGCGUAACAACUUUACUUAUCAAGAGUCUACAAAUGAAGAUAGCUAUCGACAAAUUGGAACAAGUUGCUGAGUUUCAUGAACGUUUGGAGCAAGUCCGACACUUAUUCGAUGAAAACGUUGCCGGGAGGACGAUGGCCGCGGAAACCAAAUUAUUCCUACGUAAAAUUGAGGAACUGUCGAAAUUGGUAUCGGCGAUGAAGCUUUGGGAGCCCUCCCACGAAUCGGAGCUACGAGAUAUCGAGUCGAGGUUGAAAAACUUGUCGACUUCCGUCGAGCAGGAUAAAUGCCUGAAUGCCGGGGGAAAGUUUGAAUGGGUGGACAGUGUGCUAGUAAAGUGUUUGCAAGACGGUACUUGGCUGCUUAUCGACCAGGUUAAUCUAUGUAGCCCCGCUGUAUUAGACAGACUUAAUGGACUGUUAGAGCCAAACGGCGUUCUUAGUAUCGGUGAACGAGGCGUUGAUAGCGAAGGCAAUGUCGUUACUAUCAAGCCGCACGAAAAUUUCCGCCUAUUUCUAACUAUGGAUCCUCGAUACGGCGAAAUUUCCAGAGCUAUGCGUAACAGAGGCGUCGAGAUUUAUGUACUCGGCUCGAAGGAGAACAUCGAUGAAGACGCGAUCGAUUUCAAGUCGCUGUUAUUUAACGUCGGCAUCACGAAAUCUGCGCAUCGCGACGCACUGCUCGAAAUCUACGAUAGAAUGUCGGAGGAGAUCGUCGCUGUAGAUCGAUUUAGUGCAGUCGAUUUGUUACACACCGCGUUCCUGGUGAAGCAACGAACGCUACGCGGAUUCCCAACGGAGCAAUCGGUCAGGAACGCGUGUAUCGACGUCUACGUGAAGACUAGACCGUCGCGAGAUCAGCGAUUCAAAGAACAUCUGACUUCCCUGAUCGAUGAAACUGUCGAGCGAUGUGUCGCGCGCGAUGAAGAGGUCUCAGCGAUCGAUUUGGAUGCUGCCACAUGGAGCGUGAAGAAUCUGCAGGACAAUUCGAGAUUAGUUAUAAUCAGACAACAAGGCUUGUUACUGAACGCUGCUAUUAAGAUGUACGAAUCGUCUCUGAAAUCCAAAGAUUCGGGAAGUACCAGAGGAAAUAUCAUUACAACGAAGUUGUUGAAUGACUUCUGCGAUCUUAAGGAUGAAAGUUUUACGUUGGACAUCAACGUUGCUAACAUAUUGCCGUAUCUCCUCUUGAAUUUUUAUGAGCAAUCCUCGCGAGACGACGCGCCACUCAGGAAAGAGUGGAUCUCGAAGAUGCUACAAGAAAAUGCAAUACUUGACGAACUUGAGGAGAAGAACGUGUUAAUGGCGAAAGUAAUCGCACUGUUUCGCUUCGAAUCUACAAAUGUGAGAAGUUCAUUACCUUGGGAUUUGUGGCAGCUUGUCGGAAAAACGAUAUACGAUAAAAACGAUAGUACUUGCAGGGACACAAAUAAAUUGUUAUUGUUGCUAUACGCGCACAGUAUGAUUUUAAAAAAAGACAUAUCGGAAAAGAAAUCAAAUAUGUUAAGGAACAAAGAUGUGAUAUCCGUGAAACUGUAUUCCAGCUUUGUAAAUGACGGUAAGCUUUCCAUUGCACAAUUGGAAAACCAACCGCUUAUAACGUAUUUUACGCAGUUCCUUGAACAAGUAAAUUCUUGCAUCAGCACGAUUUUACAAGAUGUAAAUGUGAAUAUCGAAGAGUACGUCGAACUAAGAAAGGAGUUGAGAUGGUUCACAAGAUUCGAGAAACUGGGCGAAAUGACACUCAUAGAUAAGUCGAAAAAAUCUAAAGGCGUAUUUAUGAAUUUGGAUCAAAUUUCUAUGUUGUUGAGAGUUCAUUAUAAAUGGCUACUAAAGUUCCUACGCAAGUUAUUCGUAAUAGCUGAAAAAUCUUUAAACAAAGAAACCAUGAACAAGAUUAAACAGCUGCUAGAAAUCAUAAGCCAUAGAAACAACCAACUGGAAUCGGUGUAUGAUCCUAUCAAGAAAAUAUCGAAGAGAAUCAAGAAGUACUUGAUGCUUCCACCGCCACACCCUACAGAGAUCAGCAUGGAAGUGCACUCGGGGUUGAUGAGAAUAACGAGAGACUUCGACGUGGUGAAUGAGGGAAACAGUACUUUGAAACGAGAACUCAAGAUUAUAUCUGUGCAGUUAAAAGACGCGCUGGCUAUGAAACAGCAAAUGAUCUCUUUAUGGAAUGACGUUUACUCCAGGAAGUCGCUCGACGAAACGACGUUGCGAAUUGUCCACGAGGUAGAGCGGUUUUGUGACGAGAGCCACAUUCGUCUGCGAGUUCCAGCGGAAGUCGAGGAUGUUUUGAACAAGGUACGCUCACUUCCGGAGAGGGAAAUGAUGCAGUUGAACACGAGAAUACGGUUGUGGCCGAUUUACGAGUACGUAUUUCUCUCGCUCGUCUGUACGCUGCAGGGAGAGAUGUGUCGGAAAGCUACGAUUUCCGGUGUUGCUUUGGCCGAAUGCCUCGCGAGAUUCACAGAUGUGGCCAGUAUACCGAGCAAUAUGAUGGGCUUAUUGAGCGCGAUGGCUCGAACGGAAGUCGAGCGAGAAUCGAAGCUCUUGUUGUUGCCGGAACUGUUCUGUUGUCUCGAAGAAUUCAUUCAACAAUCUCAUGCUUUUAAAGAUACGAGCCAUCUUUUGCACUGGUGCGGUGUAACGGAAGAAGAUAUAGAAAAAUCAUUAACUUUUUACACCGAAUUUAAGACGGAAUGCUACGUCGGCGGACCUGUUCUCUUGAAUAUAGUAUUGCAAUUAAUGUUGAAUAAAACAAAUCGAGAGAAAGAGAAAAAUGUGCUUCCCACGAUCGCACUUGGAACAUAUGCGGCGCAAGUGAAUCAACUGCAGUUAUUAAAUGAGAUUUUAUGGCGCAACAGUAUCUCGUUAACAAACAAGCGAUGCGAUUCAAGUAGUAACGAUUUAGCAACAUUAAAGUUUUACUUGCACUUAUACUUAUCCGCAAUUGACCAAAUGAACAUCGAGCACAAUAUACGCAAUCUAAUUACGAUCGCCAUAGAAAAGCAAGGCGGAAAUUGCGCGGAUGACAUCGAACGCCAACUGAUAAAUGAAUUUUUCAAACCGGUAGAAGAUAUGCAUGAAGUAUAUGUCGAAAUAAAUAAUGUGCAUGAAGAAGAAUAUACGCUUCUACGAGGAAGAGCGUGGAUGAUACUUGGUUACAUACAAUUAAUGCUCUUUGGUAAUUUGGAUCUGAUUGAUCCCAUUCAUAAAGUGGAAUUGAAGCUCAAGUAUCUGGAGGAGGACAUCGUCGAUUGCAGAAAGACGAUAUACGUUACAACAUUACAGGAUCGUAUUCUGGGGAUAUCCGCGACUAAUGAGCGCACCCAUCCGAGAUUCGCAGCCACGAGAGAUUGCGAGAGUCGGUUGCUGAAGACGAAGGAUGAUCUCAGCUGUCUAAGAGCGUUCAGGUCACCAACUGUCGAUUUCGCUUCGCUUAGCAAGGACUGCGCUGAUUUCAGGAACAGAAUAGGUUCCUAUACUUUGGUGAAAAAUCACUUAAAUAACCUAUGCGCGAUCGCGAGUAAGAUCAGCCAAGACUGCGAAUCAACAGAUUUGACAAUCGCGGAGAAUUUUUCUAGAGUAGCCGAAGGCUGGAGUUUGUCGGUGCAACAAUUUGCCAAGCAGAUCAAGAUGAAAUACUUAUUAGCUUACCCGGAUGUAAUUCUUCCAUUGCUAACGGCGCUGGCUCAGUUAAAUCAUGGUGUUUCCAUGCUAAUCAAUGAGAUCCGACGACUAAUAUCUCUGCGUAAGAGCGGAGUAGCCGAUUUCGAAUCUUUGAUAUAUAAUUUGAUCCGGUUCCCGACGAUUGGCGAGCAGCAAGAGAAUCUUUUAAGCUUAACUAGUCUAUGCGUUUCGAGGAACAUGAGAAAUCUGAUCGGUGAGAAUUCAUGCUCCACAGAUACGUUCGUCAGGAUGCAGGAGCAGUUCCGUAUAUUCAAAUCAGGUUUGCACGAACUAUAUAAUUAUGUGAUUCUCAACAAAGGUCUGACUAGAUCACUGUGGCAAGACAUGAACGAGCUGUUGCAACAGAUAGUUCUAAUCUGGAAGCAGCAGCAGCAGGAGGAAGAGAAACGAGCCGCGGAGAAGGAGAAUCUAUAUCAGAAUAAAAUGGAAAGCCACGGUGACACGUUAACGGAGGAGGAAGAACUCGCUCUAGAAGUUCGCAAGCUAUUUCCAAUGCACCGUGAGAAAGACUUUUACGACAUAGAGGAGGGUUUGCACCCUUCCCUCGACCAGAAGAGUGUGUCAGCGACUAAGUCGGAUGAGACGGAGUCGAGCUUUAGCGGUUUUGUCACGAAGAACGACAUUAGAGAAAUUCAACAGAUUCAUUCAAACAUCGUCAUGUAUUUCAUCGCGACCAGGUGGAUGUGCAACAGUUCUUCGGCGAAUUCAACGAAUUACAUCGGGCCGCUAAUUCAAAGAUAUAACACAAUAUAUGGAAUGUUCGACAACAUACUGCCGAGUUUGAGUGAAGGACUCGCGAUCAAACUGUACAACAGUUUGAACUUUCUGGUUACUUUAGGGUUGCAAACUAGCCACGGGAGAAGCACAGAUUGGAGUUUGUGGGAGAGCGCCGAAGGACAAAUAAAAACGUACGAUUUCUACAAGGACUGCAACGUUGAGGAAGUGAAACAAUGCUUACCUCUAUGCGAGAGCAUUCUAAAUCGUGUUGAUCAAUUGCUAAAAGAAUGGCCGGAAUAUCCUACUCUGAAAUCGAUACGAUGUAUAAUAGAAAGGAUUUACACGUUCUCGAUCACUUCACCUGUUUCCAGAUUCCUGACAGGUUUGGAGUUGCUACUCGACAAGAUGCACCAAUGGGAGGAGAACGCGCAUAGUGGCGUCAGCAUGGCGAACCACGUGUUAGCAUUAACGGAACAGAUAAAAUGUUGGAGAAAGUUGGAAUUGUCCUGCUGGAAAGGUUGCCUUGAUGCGACGUACGAAAAUCUCAGAUCAGACACGUCCAAGUGGUGGUUCUUUUUAUACGCGUUAAUCGAGAGUUACAUUACGAAAUCCGAGAAAGAUGACAUCCAGAAAACAAACGAUGACCUUAUCACCAGGCAAAAGUUAAUAGAAUCGCUAGAGCGUUUCAUGAACGAGUCAUCUCUGGUUGAAUUCGAAUCGCGUUUGGAUCUCCUCUUAACGUUCCAUUGUCAUGUAUAUUACUUCGAUGACAGUGACAACAAAAACGAGCUGUUGGCGGUACUGUGGAACAUGUACAAUUAUUAUAAACAAUUCGUAGACGAUGUAAAUGCAAGGAUCGUCGCUUUGAAAACGCCCAUUGAGAAGAAGCUGAAAGACUUUGUUAAGAUUAUGCGAUGGAACGAUAUCAAUUAUUGGGCUGUAAAAGAGACGAUUGACAAGACGCAUCGCACUUUGCAUAAAUUUGUAAAAGAGUUUCAGAAUACCCUACAACAAAACGCGUCUUCUUGCUUGACUGUUAAAUCCGGAUCUUACAAUACAGAGAUGAGUAAAGGAAUCUGGGAUGAUGAGAAACAUCAUAAGCACGUAGCAGAUCCUAAAGAUUUUACCAUAGCAAAAUCUCCACGAUCUGUAGACGUGGAAGUACAGUUCACAAGCGGACUUAUCACGAGAACAAAAACAUUAUUAUCAAAGGCUAUGUGUCUGUGUAAGGAGAUAAUAUUGGUAAAUUUUUAUUCACAUGUACGAGAAGAACUUGAAAAUUUAAUUGAGGAUUACAUGGAACAGAGCGCGCGUCUUCGAGAUAUGAAUGUUGAUAGAAAUUUACCAAAGAAUAAACAAAAAUCUCAUGCGAAGAGUAUCUUGCAGCAGAAGAAAAUGACACUCGCAAAUUAUUUUAAAACGUUGACUGAAAUGGGCAUGUCUUACCGCACUGGUAUACUGACAUUGAAGAAUGAUGUGGACAAAGUGAUAGACUUCACGGUACCACCUUUAAAUCUGUCUACAAUCAGCCAAUACUUCAACCUAAAAAAAGUCGACCAAGAUAUGCUAAUACAGUGGGAAGGCUGUGAGAAGUAUUAUUACAAGUCCCUCAUCCGAUUUAACGCUCUCAACGCGAUGCUCAACACAAACCAGACCGACCUAGGCUUGCAGAAUAUAGAACGCUGCCGAGGCUAUUCCGCGCAUUUGAUGUUGAUGGCCCAUAGGCAGAAAACGACGAUCGUUCAAUCGUUCGAUCAUUUCUCGUCGCUUCGCGUACAUAUUGAAAAUCUGUCCGAAACACGCGAACAGGAUUUAAAUAUAUUGAGACAGGAUAUAGGCCAAAACUGUGCGAAGAGCCUAAAGACGUUGUUGAUUACAUUAGAAGUUGGAUUCGAGCAGCUACUGCUAUUUCUGCAAUGUUGUCCCACGGAAUUGUCGACAGAUUCGAAUAGAGCUGUACUUACAUUAGAUGCAAAUGCACUUCCUAUAAUCGCCGCUUCUCAAAACGAUGAUGUUUGGAAGAACGCAAACGUUUUACUGAAGGAUUAUUUAAAUUUAAUAAAGACUACCGCAAAACGUUUCCAUACUUUAUUCAUGCCAUUCAAACUUUUAUCAGCAGAUCAAUCUGAAUGUUCCACAUAUAUUUCACUUUUAAGUUCAAAGCAUUUUGAAUUUUUGGAGCAAUGCUGCGCGACGAUUAAAGAUCUAAGAAUACGAUCUAAGGAAUUAAAACAAUUAUUUGAAACCUUGGACUUUGUGCAUCCCAUCUGUGAAAAUAUAGCGUUCUUAGACACGAAGAUGGAGUCCUUCCUUCAUCUUUCUGAAAAACUGCAAAAAUCUAUGGAUAUCGAAAAUGAAAAACAAUUGGAAGAAAAAGCUCACGCUAUCGAGCAAUAUGAAUUAACUCUGGAACAACUAAUAAACACGAUAUUGCUUAUAAUACAAAAGAAAUAUAAAGAUAUCAAAGAAAACAUGCCGCACAUGAAUAAGAAAUCGAAUGAGGAAACUGAUAACGACAUAGAGAAAGAAGCAGAAGAAAAAUCGAAUGUAAAACUUGUUAAAUUGCUCGAAUGGGAUAUAACCGAAGAACUAAAGCUGUCUAACAUAUGCAAUUCAUUUUCCAAGGUUUUAUUAACGAUACGUGAAUUUGAUCCGCAAUCAGCAAACUAUUGUAUUAGGCUGCUCCUAAAAUGUUUACCUCUGUUGGAACAAUAUAUCUUGCUCGUUCAAUUUUAUUUAAAUGAGCAGGUGGCGUCAUUCCGUAUUACGUGCAAAUUAUUGUACCUACAAUUAAAUGUAUUCCUAGAUCUGGCUGCAAAUGGGUUUUGUGUGCCGAAAGAUUUAGAUCUUGAAGAAAGCGAAACAGAUGAAUCGGGUGAAACGACAGAGAAAGGCGGAAUGGGAUUAGCUGAUGGCGAAGGAACAAAAGACGUUUCCGAUAGAAUAGAAUCCGAGGAUCAGCUUGAGGAUGCAAGACCUGCGGAUCAAGAACAGGAGAAACAAGACGAUAAGACUUGUAAAGAAGAGGAAAAAGGAAUAAAUAUGUCCGAGGAUUUCGACAGCAAGCUUCAAGAUAUGGAGAAAAAUAACAAUGACGAAGAACAGAGUGACGAUGACGAAGAAAACGAUUUGGAUAAGGAAAUGGGAGAGACAGGAGAAGACGCCGAACAGCUUGAUAAAGAAAUAUGGGGCGAUGAUCAGGAAGAAUCUGGAGAGGAUAAUCAGCCAGAAGACAAAGAUGAGGAAGAAGGCACGGGCGAACAAAUCGGUGAAAAGGAAAUGGGCGCGAAGGAUGACAGAGAUAAGAGAAAACAGGAUAAUGAUGACACUGAUAAUGAUGAUAAUCGACAAGAGGAAAACAAAAAGGAGAUAAACGAAUUGAAUGAGCCACAGGAAGAUGAAGAUCAGGUUAAUCCGUAUCACGGUAACUUGCAGCCUCAACCGGAACCCGAACCGCUUGAUUUACCAGAAGAUAUGAAUCUGGAUGGGGAGGAUGGUAAGGAAGAUAAUGGUGGCGAAGAUGAAAAUCCGUUCGACAUCGAUGAGAUGAAGAAACCACAACCAGAAAAACAAGAUAUAGAAUUUGAGAAAGAAUCUGAGGAGACUAAAGAAAAUGAUCCUGAGGAAAACUCUAGCGAGGGCGAGGACGAAAAUAAUGAUAAUACCGAUACAGAAAAUCAGGUGCAAAAAACAGAAGAAGAGCUCGAAUCUAAUAGGACUGAAGAGAAAAGUGAAGAAAACACGGGAGCCGAGAGUAAAGACGAGGAGCAGAAUCAAGAUAAAGAGGCGGAAGAUGAAAAACUGCAAGAAAAGGCGGCCCCGAGUGCAAAUGAUGCGAGCAAAGAAAUGGAUGCUGCACAACAAAUUGAAGAAACGACUGAAGGUUCACGGGAUACGGUAGCGCAACAACCGGACGCGAAGGAUCAACAGGAAACAUCAGCUGAGACUACUCAAGAAGACAGUAAUGAUAAAGGCACAGGUCAAUCGCAAUCGGCACAACAGGAGAGCGGACAUUCGGGAUCAUCUAAGCAAGAAACUAUUCCAGCACCGCAGAGCAACGUUACGACGAAUCCAGUCGAGAAGAGGAAAAACCCGGGCGAAAGCAAUGAGGAUCGCAGUCUGUUAGAUAGAUUUGAACCGACGCUGAAGAAGUUGAAAACGAUUUAUACGCAGGACGAAGUAUCGAGAGACAAGGAAGACGACGCGAGCAACGUUGAUGGCGACAAAGCCGAAUUGGCUCAACAUAUCAAGGAUUCUGAAAGAUUUGACGAUUACACACUCGAUGCUGCGACAGAAGAUCAGAUCAAACAACAAGUUUCCAACGUAGAUAAGGAUGAAAAUGAGGAAGAGAAAAAGGACGAGUCUACGGAUAUGGAGAUGCAUGAAGAUAAGGAAAAUGACGUAGCAAAUGAUAAAAUAAAUGAGCAAAAACCUGAAAAGAUCUCCGAGAUCGGAAAUGACAAAUGUAAAAAGGAUUCUGAUGGUAAAAGAAACAAUGUGGAAGAUAGUCAGACGGAGACGGCGAUCGAACUGGAAGGGGAAACAGUGGAGACGAUAAAAGUGCAGAGAGGAAACGAGUCUACAUUUCACACGAUGGAGUGGAGUAUAGAUGAGAGUGAUUUUGGCUCCGGUUAUGCAGAAAGAAAACGAUUCGAAGUGGAAAAAAUGUUGAGCGAAUGGACGCAAGUACCAUCUACAGAGGAAGCUACAACGGCGUGGAAUUGUUUAUGUUCGGUUACGGAUGCAGCCGCUAGAGAUUUGUCUGAAAAAUUGAGAUUGGUGUUGGAGCCUACGCAAGCAUCGAGAUUAAAGGGCGAUUAUAAGACGGGAAAACGUAUCAAUAUGCGAAAAAUUAUCCCCUAUAUAGCCAGUCAAUUUCGUAAGGAUAAAAUCUGGCUUAGGCGUACAAAACCUUCGAAACGUGAUUAUCAGAUCGUUCUUGCAAUAGACGAUUCCAACAGCAUGGCAAAUAACCAUUCCAAAGAAUUGGCUUUUGAGUCUUUGUCGUUGAUCAGCAAAGCUAUGACAUACCUAGAAGUGGGACAGCUUAGUGUUAUAAGUUUCGGAGAGCAAGUGAAAGUAUUGCAUCCUUUAGGAGAAGCUUUCACACAACAAAGUGGAUCUAGGCUAAUACAGGAAAUGAGAUUUGAUCAAAAAAAGACAAUGAUUGGCCAAUUAGUCGAUUUUACAGUAGACAUGUUCGAGAGUCAACGUGGUUCAUCCGACAAUGCUAAACUACUGGUAGUAUUAUCGGAUGGUAGAGGGAUAUUUUCAGAGGGAAGAGAAAAAGUGACUUGUGCUGUUAGGAGAGCCAGACUUGUAGAUAUUUUCCUAGUAUUUAUAAUAGUCGAUAAUCCAAUUAAUAAGGAUUCAAUAUUAGAUAUUCGUAUGCCUGUGUUCGAAGGAGGAAAAUUAUUAGAAAUUCGAUCGUAUAUGGAUAAUUUCCCAUUCCCGUUCUAUAUGAUUCUAAGGGAUAUAAACACCUUACCAGGUGUUCUGAGCGAUGCUUUACGCCAAUGGUUUGAAGUAGUUGGAAAAAUUGAUACUUAAGCUAAUAAAUAUAAUUGUAGUUAUUUAAAUAUUUAAAUUUGAAGCUAGUAUAAGUCGUAAAAAUUGGACUAAUGUAUAUAGAAUAUAUAUAUAAUUCCUCUUAAUAGUCAUAAUGUUUCUUACAUAUAUUUUUUAAUUAUGAAAAAAUAUAAAUUGUAAUAGAAAUUUUUUGUGAAAAUAAAAUAGCGUCUAAUAUUUUGAUUAAAA